GCGGGUGAAGAUGGCGGCGCCCGGAGAGCGAGGCGGCGGGGGUUGCAGCUGCUGAGGCCUGGGGGUGUCAUGGCCGCCGUGGGCCGGGCUCUGAGCUGGGCGCUGCGGGCGGGGAGGUCGGGCCCGGCCCGUACAGUCAGUGGUGCCUGUUUCCUGGAGAACAGAGUCCAGAGGGUCAACAUUUUUCCUGCUUGCUUUUAUGGAGACAGUUCUGCCCUGGAUACCAUCCUAGGAAUUUCCAGAGAGAAGACAGAAUGUGCACUGGGGCAGCAUCCACCAUCAGUGUCUUACUGCAAAGCUGAGCAAGAUAACUUGUUGGUGCACCAACCAGAUGAGCCAGAGAACCCCAAGGUUCUGAGAGUUGCCAUCAUUGGAGCACCAAAUGCUGGGAAAUCUACCCUCUCAAAUAAACUCUUGGGCAGAAAGGUUUUCCCAGUAUCUAAGAAGGUGCACACCACACGAUGCAAAGCCCGUGGGGUCAUCACAGAAGACGACACUCAGCUGAUCAUCCUGGACACACCUGGCCUCAUCAGCCCCAAGAAAGCCAAAAGGCAUAAUCUGGAGAAAUCCCUGAUGCAUGAUCCAUGGGACAGCAUGAAACAUGCAGACUUAGUUCUGGUUUUGGUGGAUGUGUCAGAAUGCUGGACACAGAACCGUCUGAGUCCCCAGGUGCUGCAGUGUCUUUCUCAGUUCCCACAGAUUCCCAGCAUCCUGGUCAUGAACAAGGUGGAUCUGCUCAAGAGAAAGGCCCUUCUGCUGGAUCUGGUCACUGAGCUCACAGAGGGAGUCGUAAAUGGAAAGAAACUGAAAGUGAAAUCUACGUCUGAGAGGCAUUCAGACUCCACGAGAAACAAUCCCCUUCAAAGCAUCCAAACUUGUCUGUCUGAGAAUACAUCCAAAGAGUCUGGUUAUCUCCAGGAUGCCAGUGAAGUCCAGCGGGGCUCUGGCUCAGAUACCACUUGUAACAUGAGAGCAUCAAACUCUGAUCAUAUGUUGGAAGGCGCAGAGAAAGCGCAAAUUGCAAACCACCAGGUAUCGAGAGACUUAAAGAACAAGAAAGGCUGGCCGCACUUCCAGGAGAUCUUCAUGCUAGCAGCUAUUAAUGGAGAGGCAGUGGAGACCCUGAAGAAGUACCUCCUGAUGCAAGCCAAGCCAGGUCAAUGGGAGUACCACAGCAGGGUUUUGACAAGCCAGUCGCCCCAGGAGAUCUGUGAUAAUGUAAUUAGGGGGAAGCUACUGGAGUAUCUGCCACAGGAAGUGCCCUACACUGUGCUUCAGAAGACGGAGAUGUGGGAGGAAGGGCCGAGUGGGGAGCUCAUCAUCCUGCAGAACCUGCUGGUCCAAAAGGAGACCCAUGUGAAGAUGCUGAUUGGUGUGGGAGGCCAGCUGAUCAGCAGGAUUGCUCAGGAGGCCGGUGAGGACCUGAUGAACAUAUUCCUGUGCGACAUCCGCUUGAAGCUCUGUGUGAAGCAGACGAAAUGAGCUGCUUGUUUAGAUGUUACCAACUCUUGUUGUCUGACCACUAAUGAAGAGAUGGACAUGCUGAAGAACAUGGAGACACCCCUUUCUGGUGGGGCUGAUGCCCCCUGGCAAUAUCAGGGCACUGAGAUUCCCCCCAGGUGUAGAGAGGGAUGCUGAGUAAACCAAAGAACUAAAGAAGAGUGUGUUCUUUGUGGGGGUCUGAACUGCAAUGAGUUUAAUGCUCGAACGUGGUGAAAUCUUCAGACAUUGACCCACCCCAACAGAUUAUCCAGCAAGAACUUGGAGUGGAUGUUGGGGAACCAACCCCCCCCCACACACACAGACACACAGUUUUAGUGCAGUUACAGAGCCAUCUGUCUUUGCUCCCUCUGCUGUUUCUUGGCUUUCGCGUCCUUUGCACUACUUGCCCACUAUCUGUACUGCCAAAAGCAAACAACUGUGGCUGGAUGUUGUGCUGAAAAUGAUGAUGCUGCAGUGGCAGAAUAUGAGGUGGAGAGAGACGGGAGGAGGCAAGAGCAAAAAUUGAAUCUCUAAGGCCAGGGUCAUUUCUGAAGGGCUCAAACAGGUGCGACCUGCAUGCAUGUCCAGAUGCAUGCAUUGUAUUGCACCUCAGUGGGCAUGAGUGAUAUGAGUACUGGUCUGUCGAAUACUCCCUAGACCAUUAAUGUCCACUGUGAAGAAAUAACUCUCCAGUCUCCCUCAGGCAAGAGCUUAAAACACUUCUACAGUAAUUAGUGUUCUAGGAAAACUGCAGACUCAGCUAUGAGUAGGCUGAGUGAGUACUGUAAAGUGAAUGCUGCCUGUAUAGUGUUUGGGGGUCUUUGGCCUGAAAGUGGCUUUGUAAGUAUAACUGUCCUUUAAAAUUCAAAAGGACUGCUGUCUUCUGGCAAAGAAAGGGUUAUCGGGUGUAUUCCCCUCGUCUCAUGUCUUCAGUGCUGCAAGGCUGAGUAGCUGUACAGCUUGGAAUGGCGACGUUCCAGCUGAAAAGGCUGCACCAGCCCAGCCCAACUCACAUGCUGAUCUUCCCUGUGAUUGCAGCACGUCGUGCUGUCUGCCUGGCCUUUCUUCUGCAGGCUGUGGAAGAUGAAUGAAUGAGGGAUCAUGGAAACAGGGCCUUUAGGAGCCAGAUGUUUGCUGACGGGGGCUGGAGCAGGGGAUGUUGCUUGCAAAUAGAGCCACUCAUUCCUUUUUAGUGUAGCUGGGAUAGCAGGUGGGUAUUGCUGAGGGAAUCACUCUGUUGGUCACUGUCAAAGAGGGACGUGUUGGCUAACAGCAGUGGUUCCCAACUAGAGUGCACCUGCAAUAGAUGCAUGGAUACUGUCUCCCUUCCCCAGCGCAGUUGGCACCCUGGCCUCUUCUCAUUCUCCUCUUUUCUAUUUUGCAAGCAUUUUUGUUGUCUUGUUUUCUCUUCCUUAUCAUCCUUUUCUCCCACUCGCCAGAAGGCUGUGGGGUGUUAAUUGGUGGCUCUGUGGGGGUGGGAAGGAGGAGCCAGGCUGCACCUGCUGUUGUGACUGAGCAGGGAAGGGGGUCGUGGGUCAGUGGGCUGCUGUCUGAAUAUGAAGGUCUGUAUACCGGAGGGGCUGCUGCAGGAGGCUGAGGGAAAGGGAAGAGCCUCCCAAGGAGCUGCCUGAUUUUAGAAGCAGCAAUUAGAGCAAAUUGGCAUGGGGUGGAAAGUGGAUCCACUGCCAGGCUCUCUCUACUCCCAUUGCUCCUUCUCUCCUUUGCACUGCCCCAGGGGAUUCUAGGUGUGCUCCAGCAUGGCCUCAAGAGUUUGCACUUGGCUACCAACUGAAUAUUCAGUAGCCCCCAGCAGCUUACCUCACUCUUCCACCAUUGUCUGCUGUCACAGCAAGGCAAGACUAAAAUGGCACCUAUCCCUGACUUGUUCCUAGUGAAACCUUACUGUGGAAGAGAAUGGGGGGAGGAUUCAGCCUGUUUGGGAGCCAAGUGGCACAGUUGGUGGGAGGAGACUGGGGGCUAGAACAGCUUUAUUGCACCAACUUCACCUGUAGAGAUCUGGGGUCAAGUGAGGACCAGGUGUCCUUAGAAGGCCCUGCUUGUCCCGUUGUUUGCAGAGUGCCCACCUUAGCUUGAGGCAGUUGAAGAGAAGCCCCGGACUGGAGAAGCAGGGAUGUCGCAGGUCAGGCUUGAGGUGCGUUGCAGAGCUGGCAGGGACCUUAGCCUUGGCUGGUAGCAGGUGACACAGGUCAGGACUGAAAGGCGUGGAGGUGUAUGGCAGUCUGUAGCCUUGUGCUGCCCUUGCAGUAGCUCUGUUGGUGUUGGCAUGGACUGGCACAGCCUCUGGGCACAAAGAUGAGAUAAGCUGUUUACUGGCACCAGGAUGGACUGACUAGCAUAUUAUAGAUAUAUAUCUAGACCAGUGUUUCUCAAAUGCAGUCACCAUGGUCGCAUGUGGCCACCAGAGAAUUUUCUUGCGGCCACAGCCUCCUGGGCGGUAAUGGGGGGCGGGGGGAGCAGCGGCGCCCCUCCCCCAGGGCCACAUCUGGCGGGAGACAAGCUGGAGGAGCAGGCAGCCAGUAAGUUCCCACCUUCCCAGGGCUGGUGGGGUCAGGCUUCAGCCCUUGGGUGGCAGGUUCCAGCCACAAGGGUUCAGGCUCCGUUCCCCAGCCAUAAAAUAGUGAGCUCUGGCCCCAACAUCACUCCCCCCUCCAGUGCCCCUGGCCCCUGCUGCCUCCAUAUCCACCUCCCCACCCAGGGCUUAAUUUGUCCCCAGGCUUGCCGGGCUGAGUAACUCUGCUGUGAAAGGUGAUAGUUGUAUGUUUAAUAUCACUUUUCACAGCAGACUUAGUAACUAGCACAUCUUUAAAAAAAAAAAAAAGGGGGGGGGCAACAAAAAAAAGCAAAAGACAAGAACA